CGCGCCGGGAGCUGGGAGCCGGGCGGGCUGACUGGCGAGCCCCGGCCGGAGGGGGCAUCAUGGCGGCCCAGGCGGUGUCGCUGCUGAGGGAGGUGUCUCGGCUGGAAGCGCCGCUGGAGGAGCUGCGCGCUCUGCAGUCGGUGCUGCAGUCGGUGCCUCUCAGCGAGCUCCGCGAGCAAGCGGCGGAACUGCGCCUUGGCCCGCUUUUCUCCCUGCUCAACGAGCACCAUCGGGAACAGACUACUUUGUGUGUAUCCAUCCUGGAGAGAUUGCUGCAAGCUUUGGAGCCAGUUCACGUGGCCCGGAACCUCAGGGUUGACCUGCAGAGGGGACUGACUCACCCCAAUGAUUCUGUAAAAAUCCUCACUCUGUCCCAGGUUGGAAGAAUUGUUGAAAAUUCUGAUGCUGUUACUGAGAUUCUAAGUAAUGCUGAAUUACUAAAACAAAUCGUUUAUUGUAUUGGUGGAGAGAAUCUAUCUGUAGCUAAAGCGGCCAUUAAAUCCCUGUCAAGAAUAUCACUGACCCAGGCUGGACUGGAGGCUUUAUUUGAAAGUAAUCUGCUGGAUGAUUUGAAAAGUGUAAUGGAAACAAAUGACAUUGUUCGAUACAGGGUGUAUGAGCUAAUUGUGGAGAUUUCUUCUGUGUCACCAGAAUCUUUAAACUACUGUACCACCAGUGGAUUGGUAACGCAGCUCCUCCGAGAACUGACCGGGGAGGAUGUGCUAGUCAGAGCCACCUGUAUAGAAAUGGUGACAUCACUGGCAUAUACUCAUCAUGGACGACAGUACCUCGCUCAAGAAGGAGUAAUUGACCAGAUUUCUAAUAUAAUUGUUGGGGCAGAUUCAGAUGCUUUCUCUAGCUUCUAUUUGCCAGGAUUUGUGAAGUUUUUUGGAAACCUGGCUAUCAUGGAUAGUCCUCAGCAGAUCUGUGAGCGUUAUCCUGUCUUUGUGGAAAAAGUCUUUGAAAUGACAGAAAGUCAAGACCCCACCAUGAUUGGUGUAGCAGUGGACACGAUUGGAAUUCUAGGAUCCAAUGUUGAAGGAAAACAAGUUUUACAGAAAACAGGAACUCGCUUUGAACGCUUGCUGAUGAGAAUAGGAUAUCAAGCAAAGAAUGCCUCAACAGAGCUCAAAAUUAGGUGUUUGGAUGCAAUUUCAUCUCUUUUUUAUUUACCACCUGAUCAGCAGACUGAUGACCUCCUGAGGAUGACAGAAUCCUGGUUUUCUUCUUUAUCUCGGGACCCGCUGGAGCUCUUCCGUGGCAUCAGUAAUCAACCCUUCCUUGAACUACACUGUGCUGCCUUAAAAGUGUUCACGGGGACACGGGUUCGAGCCCUGGUCCAGGAAGAUCCCACAUGCCGCGGAGCAACUAAACCCGUGCACCACAACUACUGAGCCUGCGCUCUAGAGCCCGCGAGCCACAACUGCUGAGCCGCGUGCUUCGACUACUGAAGCCCACGCGCCUAGAGCCCAUGCUCCGCAACAAGAGAAGCCACCACAGUGAGAAGCCUGCGCACCACAACGAAGAGUAGCCCCCACUCGCCGCAACUAGAGAAAGCCCACGCGCAGCAACAAAGACCCAAUGCAGCCAAAAAUAAAGAAAAUUAAAAAAACAAAAAAGUGGGAAGGCUUCCUGCAGGAUGUGAUACAGGAUCUGCGUCUUGAAGGAUACAGGAUACCUGUCAACUUCAAGAAUGUUGUUUUUAGACUGUUUCACCCUUGUCAGUAGUCACUGUGAUGGUCAUUUUGGCUCCUGCACUGGUAUUCUCAUUAUUUAUUUUUUUCCCACUCUUCUGCCUUAUGCUCCACUUAGCCAUAGUUGUAGAGAUAAUUUUUGAUUUACUGGUUUGGGCAGCUGUUUUUAUUUCAACCCACCCAUCCUCAACUAUUGUUACGUAGGCUGAUGUUUCUCAAACUGUAAUGUCUUGUUAAAAUGUAGAUUCUCAUUCAUUGGUUCUGGAAUAGAGCCCGAGAUCCUGAAUUUCUAACAAGUUCACAGGUGAUGCUAAAGCUGAUGGUCUGCAGAACACAUUUUGAGAGGAAGACGUAGGCUGUAAACUUGAUUGUGCCUUGUUCUUCAUUAAAAUAUAGUAGUGAGGUUUUUAAAAAUAUGUUUUAUAAACGUUGCUUAUUCAUUAUUUUUAAAUUUGGAAAAGGUUGAGAAGUAGAAAGUUUUUAAAGCACAUAGAGUCAUACCUGUUUGGUAUGACUUUAAGGUGUUUCCUUUUAGUAUUGGUAUUAGUAUUUAUCUAUUUAUUGAUGUAAUAUUUCAAACAUACAGUCAUACCUUGCUACCUCUGCCCAAUCCAAUUCCCCUUCCUCCCUCUCUGAAUGUAAUCACUGUCAUGAAUUCAGGGUUUACAAGUGCACGUGUGAUUUUAUACUUUUACCAUCUAUGCAUAUAUACUUAAAUUACAGUAUUUUAAAUAUUCUUAAACUUUGCAAAUGGUAUCGUGCUCUUCAUAUCAUUCUGCAAUUUCCUUUUUCUCCCUAAUGUUAUGUUUUUAAGAUUUAUCUAUAUUUAAAGAGGCAAUUAGAAAAUCAUUAGUAUUUCAUUGUAUAGCCACAGUGUGUCAUUCUCCAGUAAAUGAAAAUUUAGAUAGCAUCUAUUACAAAUGAUGCUACAAUGAACAUUCUCGAAAAUAUCCUCUUAUGCACAUGUAUGAGAGUUUCUUUAGGGUAGUCUUUUCUUCUUAAGUCUUUGUCUUGAUUUUUCCACUGUUGUAAUUAUGCCAUAUGUAUAAUUUGGAUCUACUUUUUUCAUAUAACAGAUUUACCUAUCCUUUAUAAACUUUAUUCUUAAUGUUUAUUUAAUUUAUUAUUGCUAUAUACCGUAAUUUACUAACUCAUCUUCCCACUAUUAGGGAUUUAUAGUGUACCUUUCACAGUGUGAUGAGCAUCUUUGUUUACAGAUUUUUUUAAUAUUUUGAUGAUUUUCUUAAGUUAGAGUUUCAGGAGGGAAUUUACUUGGGCAAAAUGUAACAUUUUUAAGGUUCAUGUUGCCAAAUUUCUUUCUAAGGUUUGUGCCAUCCCAUUAACAAACUUAACUUAAGGCUCAGAGGAAUUGUGUUCUUUUCCCCUUCUAUUUCAGGCCAUUGCAAACCAACCCUGGGCUCAGAAACUUAUGUUUAACAGUCCAGGUUUUGUAGAAUAUGUGAUGGACCGGUCCGUAGAGCAUGACAGAG